AACUGAGCCAGAGGGUAGUGGGCGGUCCUAUGGGGCGGUCCCUCCCUACGCUCUCUCUGAUUGGUCAGCGCGUUUCUUCCUCAUCGGUGUCGGCGAAUCCAUUGCAAGCGGUCGGUACCUCUUUAUGCUGAAGCUGCUGUUCGGUCCUUUCCGAAGCUGUCUUUAUCACACUAUGACAACUCUUUCGGAGACCAAGGAACUCUUCAGGAGAGCGGACGCCGUCUGCUUCGAUGUGGACAGCACGGUCAUCAAAGAGGAGGGCAUCGAUGAACUCGCCAAAUUCUGUGGCGUUGGGGAUGCAGUCACUGAGAUGACUCGCAAGGCAAUGGGCGGCUCGAUGACAUUUAAGAAGGCCCUGACUGAGCGUCUUUCCAUCAUCCGAUGUUCCAGAGAACAAGUAAACAAACUGAUAACAGACCACCCGCCGCAGCUGACUCCAGGUGUCAGGGAGCUUGUGGAUCGCCUGCACCAGCGCAACAUCAAGGUGUUCCUCAUCUCCGGUGGCUUCCGCUGCAUCGUUGAACACGUGGCAACUCAGCUGAACAUUCCUCUGCAUCACGUCUACGCCAACCGGCUCAAGUUCUACUUCAACGGAGAGUACGCUGGUUUCGAUGAAAGUCAGCCCACGGCUGAGAGUGGCGGAAAAGGAAAAGUCAUCAACAUGCUGAAGGAACAGUACGGCUUCAAGACCGUGGUGAUGGUCGGAGAUGGGGCCACUGACCUAGAGGCCUGUCCUCCAGCUAGCGCUUUCAUUGGAUUUGGUGGAAACGUGGUGAGGUCGCAGGUCAAGGAGAGGUGUUCAUGGUACGUGACGAGCUUCGGGGAGCUACUGAAGGAACUGGAGAAGAUUUAAAGACGCUAAAAGCACACCAUUACUAAUUUAACAUUUUAUAUUUGCACCAAGGGUGUGUCACUGACAGUUUUAUCCAGUGCACAUUUUCCCUUAGAUUCCCAAUAGAUUUUUUUUUUUUUUUAUAAUGAAAUAAUUGUUUUUACACUAAACACCAAUUUUACCUUAAUGGGGAUGUUGCCCCACUGAUUUUUAUACUAGAAGAUACUAAAAAGUAACCAAACACUGUCUGUGUGGAGGUUAAUGUUUUAGUGUUUUUGCACUGUUUACAUCAAAGCCUGUAGUUAAGCUAAUACUCCAGCGUAUUCUGGCAUGUGCAAUGAGCAACAGAAAUGUUUUAAAUCUGUGUUCUGUACUAAAAUGUGUAACCAGACAUGUCACCGAGUGCGAUGACAUCCUGUAAAUAAAAUCAGAAUUAAAAAAGAGAAGAAGCUAUCGAGGAUGAACGACUUUAA